AUGGGGCCCCUCACGCCGCCGUGGCUGCAGCAAAGUUUGUCUUUGGGUCUUGCUGCUUCUCAAGGAGACACAGAGACCCAAAAGGAAACUUUAAAUGUUCCUUUUUUCCUUUCUCUUGCUUCUGAUGAGCAGCUAGUUGAGCUGCUCAGCUGGGGGCACCCUGCUGCUGCUGCUGCUGAUGCUGCUGCUGCUGAUGCUGCUGCUGCUGCUGCUGCUGCUGAUGCUGCAGCCUCUGCAGCAGCACUUCUGGCGCCCCCCUGGGGCACAGGAAAAGCCCCUCAGGUGUACAGACAGCUAUUAGCGGGUGACCCGCAGCAGCUUGCUGCAGCAGAUGCAUGCAAAGUGUCCCCCAAAGAGCAGCAGCAGCAGCAGCAGCAGCAGCAGCAGCAGCAGCAGCAGCAGCAGCAGCAAGCUCCUGCUGCUGCUGCUGCUGCUGCUGCUGCUGUGGUUUCGGGCAGGGGGCAGCAGCAGUGGGGAUCUCCACUGCUGCUGCCCAGCACAAGGAGCCCUGUCCUCCGCAACAGCAGCAGCAGCAGCAACAGCAGCAGCAGCAAAAGCAGCAGCAAAAGCAGCAGCAGCAGCGGCAGCACAGCAGCAGCAGCAGCUGCUGCUGCUGCUGCUACUCCAAGCAGCAAAACUCAAAAUGAAGUCAACAAGUCUCCUGCCACUUGCAUGGCAUUUGCGUUCUUGCAGGGGGCCCCUGGGGGCCCCCCGGGGGCCCCCCAGGGGCCCCCAGAGGCCCCAAGGGGGCCCCCCAGGGGGCCCCCCAGUACCCUAAAAGAGACUCUCAGGGGGCCCCCUGAGGCCCCACAGGGGCCCCUAAAUGGGUCUUUUAAAGGGCCUCAAAAGGCAGCUGCCAGGGGGCCCCGUGAAGUGCUUAGGGGGCCCCCAAAGGGGCCCCCAAAGGGGCCCCCUAGGGGGCCCCCCGAUACCCUAAAGGGCCCCACUAGGGGGCCCCCUGGGGGCCCCAAGGGGGCCCCCAGAAAGUCCCCACCUUCUGUCUUCUUGCCCUCUGCAGCGCUGCAGAAAGCUGCUUCUGAAUCUUGUGAGGGGGCUCAAGCAGCAGCAGCAACCUUGCAGCAGCAGCAGCAGCAGCAGCAGCAGCAGCAGCAGCAGCAGCAGCAGCAGCAGGAGUGUACAGGGGCCCAAAGAGCAGCAGCAGCAACAGCAGAUGGUAGCAGCAGCAGCAGCUCUUCCCCUGAAGAAGCAAAAGCUACACCGUCAAGGGCAAGACAAACGCCUGAAGCAGCAGCAGCAACAAGCAGCAGCAGCAGCAGCAGCAGCAGCAACAGCAGCAGCAGCAAGGACCAGGGGGCCCCACACCCCGCAGCAACAGCUGCAGCAUCAAGGGCCCCCUGGGGGGCCCCGAAAGAUGUGAAGACGGAAGAGCUGAUAGAGCCUUCAGCUGCUGCUGCUGCUGCUGCUGCUGCUGCUGCUGCAGUUGCACAUAUACCUUUCAGUGAAAAAGACGAAGAGAAGCACAAAAAGGAAAAAGGAGAAAAACAAAAAAAAGAAAAAAGUCUUAUGGGGGCCCUUUUGUCUUCUCAAGGCAGCAGGGGGCCCCACAGAGGCCCCAGGGGCCCCCUCGAGCUGCUGCAGCAGCAGCAACAACUGCAGCAGCUGCUGCUGCUGCUGAAGUCGAGCUCCCGUGCGCAGAAAAAGCAGCAGCAGCAGCAGCAGCAACAGCAACAGAAGCAGCAGCAGCAGGUGCCGGGGCCGGGAACCACUAGGAGUAGCAGCAGCAGCAGCAGCAGCAGCAGCAGAAUGACACCCUCAACUGCAGCAUCAACAGCUCCAGUGGAAGCAGCAGAAGCAGCAGCAGCAGCAGCAGCAGCAGCAGCAGCAAAUCAAACAGGCAAGCCUCACCUGCUGCAGCCCACCAGUGGGGGGCCCCUGUCUCUUACAAAAUAUGAAGCAGCAGCAGCAACAGCAGCACAGAUAGCCCCUCCUCAUUUGGCCUUAAGAGACCUUGAACCUGCUGCUGCUGCUGCUGCUGCUGCUGCUGCUGCUGCAGCAACAGCGGCAGGCGGAGGCGCAGGAGCAGCAAGUGAUACGCGGCCUGCGCAGCCCCUGCUGCAGCAGCAGCAGCAGCAGCAGCAAGCGGCGCUGCAGCAGCAGCAGCAGCAUGCAACUGCAGCAACGGUGGCACCCCUGGGGCCCUGA